AUGAGCAAUAGCAACGACUCGUUCCACUAUUUUUUGCAGCUACCUCCAGAGCUACGCCGUAUGAUCUGGAUGCACUGCCUACCGUAUCGUAUAGCAGAAGAAGACCUCCCUGACGGCUUUUUCGAUGGCUACGCAUCCAAACACAUGUGCUGGAACCCACGCAUGACACUUCAGAACGCUCAGAUGCCGGCUAUUGCAUACGUCAAUAGCGAGUCUCGACAAGUUGCACUGGAGCAAGGACGCCUAUUAGAGCCGGCUGAUACGAGAAACAUAGAGUCGCUAUGGGUGCAGCCGCAUCGAGAUGUGCUGCAUCUUAACUGGACGCGACUGUACUAUUCUGCCUGGGGAGUUGAUGAUGACGCUCCAGGCUGGGUCGACGAGUUUUUUUUGCAGGCGAAGGAUCUUGGGAUGCGGCCUUCUAUCGCGGCUAAUCUUAUUCACUUUUUUAGCUUAAAGGCAGUGUUAGAUUGCGCUGGCGAUGCUGAUAAGCUUGGCAGCCAUAACCCUUUUCAUUUCGGUAUACAGGAUAUACCAAAAGUUCGUUAUCACUGCAGAGGAGAUGAAGCCGAUGACGUGCGCGAGAUAGUUAAUAUCCUACCUUGGGCGAAAGGUCAACGCAGUGAACUAGACGUAACUAUGGCGGCAGUUUUUCUGCAUAUUAUUAGGGAAGUUGCUCUAAGGUCUGGUCUAUUCGGAUUACUAGGCGAUGCGCCUGUUCAGAUGGUUGAUGUUGACGAUGAGGCUCGGUUAAGGGAAUUCCAAGCACUAUACCAGGAACAUGCAUUAGAAAAGGAACCGGUCGUGCAAACGCUUUUCGAAACAUUUACCAGUUCUCUAUUCAGAAUGGCUGUGGAAAAAUGGAAAAGCAAAGCUAAAUGGACUAUCCACGCGUACAUGUGGCAGUCGGCUCGAGACAGAAAUCUCGACAUUCUUAGGGACCCGGGCUCCGCUUGGCUGCCUUACCUGUUGGAGCGAAAGUACAUCUAUAUGGACCGGUAUUUGCCUAAUGAGCAGCACCCGUGGGUGAAGCAUGCUAGGCAGAUUGCGCCUAAGCUGCGACUGCGGGUCAUGGUGCGAUAUUGUACUAAGGAGUGUUACACAGCCAUGGAUAAAGGAGCGACUUCCUAA